CUUGUUAUUUUCAAAUUCCCAUUUCCCCUAUCUUGUGGGGUUGGAAAUCAGUUGAAAUUUCAUUGUUGUUUCAAUUUAGUUUGCAGGUAAAUAUAGUCACACAAUUAAUAUUGUUUGGUGUUCAAGAUUGCGCGGCUUAAAUUUCCUGUCAUGGCAUUGAAAAAAAUCACGAGGCGAGUCAAAACAAUUGUCACGGCGCCGUUCAAGAAACAGUCGAAACAUUAUAAACCUCUUCCACAGCCAGAGCCACCACCACAAUCAAUUCCAAUUAGUCCACCAAAAUCCCCUAACAUGUCUCCACCACAACAACAAAUAAUCAGGCCAAUUUCACAGCCUUUUUUAUUUCCAAAUGCAAAAUCCACUGUUCUUCCUGAUCCAUCUCCAUUUUUUUCUCAUAAUCUCUUAUCAACUCCUUUACCUACAAAUUCAUUUUUUCAAAACUUUGUCUUGAAAAAUGGUGAUCAGCCUGAAUACAUUCACCCAUAUCUUAUAAAAUCGUCGAAUUCAUCACUUUCUAUUUGUUACCCACCUCAGUUCCAUAAUCCUGCCUUUAUUUACCAGAUAUUCAAUGGUGAUUUAACUAUUUCUUUGUUGAAUAAUACUAAUCCAAAUGCACCUCAUGUUAUUUCAUCAUUUAGUGAUCUUAGUGUCACAUUAGACCUUCCAACAAGUAACCUUAGGUUCUUUCUUGUUAGGGGAUGUCCCUUUGUUACUUGUAAUGUCAUUGGUGAUGUUGCACUUAAGAUUUCUACAAUUCACGCUAUUCUUGAAUGUUCCUGGAAUCCUACUCUCACUAAAUAUACUAUUAAGUUCAACAAUGGGCAAACUUGGCUUUUGUACGCGUCUUCCCCGAUCAACUUGAGCAACGACGUGUCCACUAUCACUUCUAGUGAGUUUUCGGGUGCAAUAAGGAUCGUUCUCUUGCCAAAUCCCGACUACGAAGCAGUUCUUGAUCGGUUUAGUUCUUGUUAUCCUAAAUUUGGUAAUGCUGUUUUCAGUCAGCCAUUUUCCGUCGAGUACACGUGGGAAAAAACAGGAUGGGGAGACUUAUUGAUGCUUGCUAAUCCCCUGCAUCUCCAACUUCUUUCGGAUCGUUCAGUUAUUAUCUUGGAGGAUUUUAAGUAUAAUAGUAUUGACGGUGAGCUUGUUGGCGUUGUUGGAGACUCGUGGUUACUAAAGAGUGAUCCGAUUUCUGUAACAUGGCAUUCGAUUAAAGGUGUAAAGGAGGAAUCUUUUGAUGAAAUAAUUGAUGCUUUGAAUAAGGAUGUCGCGGACCUGAACUCAAUGUUAAUCUCAACGUCGUCAUCUUACUUCUAUGGGAAGUUAAUUGCAAGAGCAGCAAGGCUACUAUUGAUAGCCGAAGAGGUUUGUUACCAUGAUGUUAUCCCAACAAUCCACAAAUUCUUGAAGGAUACAAUUGAACCUUGGUUGGACGGGACUUUCGAAGCAAAUGGAUUCUUUUAUGAUUCAAAAUGGGGUGGAAUUUUAACUAAACAAGGUUCAAUGGAUUCUGGUGCUGAUUUUGGAUUUGGAGUAUAUAAUGAUCAUCAUUACCACAUUGGUUAUUUCCUUUAUGGUAUCGCGGUGCUUGCCAAGAUAGAUCCAAUGUGGGGAAGAAGGUAUAGGCCGCAAGCUUAUUCACUUAUGGCGGAUUUUAUGAACUUAAGCAGGCGAGGAAAUUCACAUUAUACGCGGUUGAGGUGUUUUGAUUUGUGGAAAUUGCAUUCUUGGGCAGGGGGAUUAACCGAGUUUGCAGACGGAAGGAACCAGGAGAGUACUAGUGAAGCAGUGAACGCGUACUAUUCAGCAGCUUUAAUGGGAUUGGCAUAUGGUGACACUCAUCUUGUAGCCAUUGGAUCAACUCUCUCAGCAAUGGAGAUUCAUUCAGCACAAACUUGGUGGCACGUUAAAGAAGAAAGCAACUUGUAUGCAGAGGAAUUCACAAAAAAUAACCGUGUGGUUGGUGUUUUAUGGUCAAAUAAAAGGGACAGUGGCCUUUGGUUUGCUCCACCUGAUUGGAAGGAAUGUAGACUUGGUAUUCAGGUGUUACCUUUAUUGCCUAUUACUGAAGUGUUAUUUUCCGAUGCUCGGUUCGUGAGAGAGCUGGUCCAAUGGACAAUGCCAGCUCUUGGAAGAAAAGGUGUUGGAGAAGGGUGGAAAGGAUUUGUGUAUGCUUUAGAAGGUAUGUAUGAUAAAGCGAGCGCGUUGGAGAAAACUAGAAGAUUAACUGGUUUCGAUGAUGGAAACUCGCUUACGAAUCUUCUGUGGUGGAUUCAUGCUAGAGGUGAUGAAGCAGGGGAACAUGAUAGAGGGAACAGUUUCUGCUGGUAUCGUCAUUACUCUCAUUGA